UUGAUCCACCCACUUUUUCUUCCUUUUUCCCACAAAAUAGUCAAACACUCACUUCAAAUUCAGUUCCAUUCAUUUCCAUGUGACUAUGAAACACCAUCAUCACAACAAAAACAAGCAACCAUCCAUUAUCAUCAAAAUCCAAAAACCUCUUUAACAUCACCACCACCACCUUAAACCACCGCAAUGACUUCACCAUCAUCAUCAACAACAACCAUAAUCCUCAUCACCCUUCUAUUAUCCACCUUAACACCAACAUCAACAUCAUCAAACUCAAACCAAUGCAAUCCCACACCAAACCCAGUAAAAAACCUCCGACAUAACAAAAUAACCGUUCUCAUUAACGGUUACUCCCAAUCCCGAAUCCCCAUCCUCCAAUCACUAGCCGCCACGUACUCACUUUCCCCAUUAGUAUCCUCUGUACUCAUCCUCUGGGGAAACCCAACUACACCUCCACGUGUCAUUAAUCAAUUGGCUCUUAACCUCUCCUCUUCUUCUGAUUCAAUUUUUCUUCAUCGAAAUCCUUCUAGUAGUUUAAACGAUCGUUUUCUUCCUCGGUUAAACGACAUCAAAACUGAUGCCGUUUUGAUUUGUGAUGAUGAUGUUGAAGUUGAUGGUGCGUCGUUUGAGUUUGUGUAUCGGGUUUGGUCAGCGAACCGGGACAGGAUUGUUGGGGUUUUUGCAAGGUCGCAUGAUUUGGACUUGAACCGGAAAGACUGGGUUUAUACGGUUCACCCGGAUCGGUUUUCUAUUGUGCUUACUAAGUUCAUGUUGCUCAAAAGGGAUUACUUGUUCAGAUAUAGCUGUGAGGGUGGGCCUCGCAUGGCCAAAAUGAGAAAGAUUGUUGAUUCACUUCGAAAUUGUGAAGAUAUACUUAUGAACUUUGUAGUAGCUAAUUCAACCAAUGUGGGACCUAUUUUGGUUGGGGCAAAAAGAAUAAGAGAUUAUGGUGAUGCAAGGAAUGAUGAGGGAAUGUUUAGUUCUGGGUUGAGUGGAAGGAAAGGGGAGCACAGAAAAAGUAGAGGGUGGUGUAUAACUGAAUUUCAUAGGGUUUUGGGAAGAAUGCCUUUGAGGUAUAGUUAUGGAAAGAUUGUUGAUUCCAUUGGUGAACAAGGGUUAUGCCGUAAAGGUGGCAAAUUGGUCUUUUGUGAUCAUUGACACAAAGAUGUGUGGUUUGAUUUUUGUUUUGUUACAA